UCAUCCAGUGUUUACUCAAAUGGCAUUAGCAUCCGAAAUAGAAAAGAUCUCUUCAUCUUCAUCUUCAACAAUAAAAUUCAAUUGGAAGAUCAAAAACUUUUCAAAAACUACACAGAUGUUAUCUGAGAGUGAUGUUUUCUCUGUUGGUUGUUUUAAAUGGAAAGCAUGUAUUUAUCCAAAGGGAAGGGAGAAAGUGUAUUACCACUUAUCAAUCUUCCUAGUCCCGGUCGAAUUGCCAAAAACCGUCAGCACGGAGAUCAGUUUUGCGAUUGCUAGUCAAAUUGAUCCCAACACCGCAGUCAGAAAGGAAGGAAAGCAGAAUUUUCUUGAAGGAAGUACUGCAGCUUGGGGUUGGCCAGAAUUCAUGCCUCUUAAUGAACUCCAUGACCCUUAUAAAGGCUAUAUUGUGGAUGAUACUUGUAUUAUCACAGUUGAGGUUACUUGCUGGUCGAAAGAGGAGGACUCGGAUGAUGAUGAUGAUGAGGAUGCAGCAAGUAGCCUUGGGGAUAAUUUAACAGCGAAUCAAAGCAGCGAUCCACAACCACAAGGGGCCACUCAGGGGAAGCGUACCGAAAUCAAAGAGGAAAGGCAGUAGAGUAUGAUUUGAAGAAGGUAUAACAUAUUAAAAAUCCGAUUAUUAGUGCACCAUAACUUGCUGCAGCUACCGCAACUCAUGGAGCAAAGCUACUUCCGAGCACAUGUUAUAGCUUGCAAAUGGUUAUUAGCUCAUACGAGCUCUAUGAACUCCUGAAGUCAGUUGAAACUUAGAUUUGCACGGUUGCAACAUUAAUUAUGUAGUGUCUCAGAUUUAAUUAUUAC